GAUUACAGAUGGUAACAGCCGGUUUGAUAGGGCCCUUUGAGACCAGCUGUGGCCAGAAAGAAGCUCGAGAGUUCCUGAAGUACCACGUCAGGUUCUCUCUUCAGCUGACAGACAAACUUCACAUAAAGAUAAAAGAGCUCUUUGUGAGUUUUGAGGACACUCCCUUGGGAGCAGCAUCACUAGCCCAGGUGCACAAGGCAGUGCUGCAGGAUGGAAGGACGGUGGCAGUGAAAAUCCAGCACCCAAAGGUCCAAGCUCAGAGCUCCAAAGAUAUUUUGCUCAUGGAGGUUCUCCUCUUGGUUGUGAAGCAAAUCUUUCCAGAUUUUGAGUUCAUGUGGCUGGUGGAAGAAGCUAAGAAGAAUCUGCCCUUGGAGCUGGAUUUCCUCAAUGAGGGCAGAAAUGCUGAGAAGGUUGCUCAUAUGCUCAAGAACUUUGAUUUCCUGAAGGUCCCCAGGAUCUACUGGGAGCUCUCCACAAGGCGCGUCCUUCUCAUGGAGUUUAUGGAAGGAGGACAGGUGAACGACAAGGCCUACAUGGAGAGGAAUGGCAUCAACGUCAAUGAGAUCUCUCGCAACCUGGGGAAGCUCUACAGCGAAAUGAUCUUCGUGAACGGCUUUGUGCACUGUGACCCGCACCCAGGCAACGUGCUAGUGAAGAAAUGCCCGGCCUCUGGCAAGGCCCACAUUAUCCUCCUGGACCAUGGGCUCUACCAGGUGCUGAGCGAGUCAUUCCGCAUGGACUACUGCCGCCUUUGGCAGGCCCUCAUCAAGGCGGAUAUGAAGAGGGUGCAGAAGUACAGCCGGCGGCUCGGGGCAGGGGAUUUGUACCCUCUCUUUGCCUGCAUGCUGACUGCCAGGUCCUGGGAGUCUGUCAACAGGGGCAUCGACCGGUCGCCAGUCUCAGCCAGCGAGGAUGUGGAGAUCCGGUCCAACGCUGCCGCUUACCUACCCCAGAUCACCCAGCUCCUCAACAACGUCCCCCGCCAGAUGCUGCUGCUGCUGAAGACCAAUGACUUGUUAAGGGGGAUUGAGUCAGCCCUGCACACGCGGGCCAGUGCCAGCUCCUUCCUCAACAUGUCUCGCUGCUGCAUCAGAGCCGUUUCCACGUACCAGAGGAGCAAGAGUCACUCGCUUUACAGGAGGGCUCAGAUCUCUCUCACAGAAGCCCUGAGCCUGUGGCAGAUCAACUUGUAUGAACUCUUCCUAUGGCUGAAGGGGUCCCAGCUGGGGAACUGGGUCAUUGCUCUCCUGAGCUGGAUGCACCAUUCCACAUACUGACAUGAACUGGUGUGAGAGGCCUGGGUGCUCACUCCCUCCCUUCUGCUCUCCACGGCACAUUUGCCUUUCUGACUGUUUCUGUCUAUUCUGUGGGCUAUUUUUGGGUCUUGUUCCAUGUUACACGCCGCACUGUCCUUGCCCGUUAAAGCAUUAGCUUUCUCUGUGGUGCUGAGAGGUGGAGUCAGUACUGGAGCUCUGCUGUUUCAUGGUUUAGGAAAGGAGGUGUGGGAUGCCGUGUGUCAGGAAGGGCAGGGUACUUUUUUCCCCCAUCUGAACAGGGGAAAUUCCACUCAGAUUCAGUGGGACUGCACUAGAAGCAAAAGCCUCUCCUUGGCUCUUUUUAAAACAAUCUUACAAAAUUUAAGAGAAUCCCAGCCCUGUCUAGAACACCCCAAAACAUUUCUCAGACCCUCAGAGAGAGGUGCUAAGUCCCUUUAAAACCCAAUAGGGUUUAUAUUAAUUUUUGCAGUCUCCUUAGUCUGACUUCUGUUCGGGUGUGCAGAGAGUUUCUCAGAGAAGUGAGACCUUGUGCAGAGCUGGCACGAGGGCUUCCUCUCCCAGCACCAGGGAAAGGGGACCUUAAUGGUGAGAGUGGUGGACUGGGUGUCCAGCUUUCUGAGGUUUGUCUCCAGUCCUGUCCAGUAAGUGCCUCUGUGUUUUCAGACUUUUCCUCGCCUGUUUCCUUGCAGGUGAAAUGGGGGAAGGGGACAGUGGUCCUGCCUCUUUUCCGAAAUUCAGGGAAGGCAAAAGGAAUGACAAGUCAGGGCUCUGAAACUACUGGUAAUGUAUGUGUACUGUACAGCACUGCCACACAGCAAAAUAAAUGUGUCAAAUGUAUCAAAGAC